GGACGAACCGUAGACCGACAACGUUUUCUUCCUUCGCUGCACGUGUUCCUUAUUUGCUUUCACUUCCAAAUAAUUUUUCAGAAUUCUCUUUGAAAAUCAAUUCUUCUUCCUUGCUUUUUCUUUAUUUUGUCUCGUUUAUUUCGAUCACGAUUUUUUUUUCAUUUCUUAUUCAAUACGACUGAAAAAAGUGACAAAUUGAAAAAUGCAAGUGUACAGUGAAGAUCCUGGAUUAAUUUGUGUUUCUCGGGACAAACAAUUAAACGAGAAGAACGCACGUCAAAGAGAAGUUUCUUUAACUCUUCGUGAACUCGUCGAUGCUCUGCACGAAGCUUUCAAAACUGACCACGUGAACAUAGACGAUGUACAAGAUCUGAUGGCAUCAUAUAAAAGCAACCCUUUGGAAUGGAAAAAAUAUGCAAAGUUUGACAGAUAUAGAUAUACAAGGAAUUUAGUCGAUGAAGGAAAUGGAAGGUUCAAUCUAAUGGUUCUAUGUUGGGGAGAAGGUCAUGGUUCAGCUAUACAUGAUCAUGCGAAUGCACAUUGUGUAAUGAAAAUUCUGCAAGGUGAACUUUGCGAGACACGGUAUGCAUGGCCUAAAAAGCGCAACGAUGAGACAAAGGAACCAGAAGAACUACAAGAAUUGGAAAGAAAUACCAUUGGACUGAACGAAAUAUGUUACAUUAAUGAUUCUUUAGGACUUCAUCGAGUUGAAAAUCCAAGUACUGCGAAUCCUGCUAUUUCUUUACACUUGUAUUCACCACCGUUCUCUUCCUGUUCCGUCUUCAAUAAACAAACUGGACAAAGAACCUCGUGUAAAGUUACAUUUUGGUCGAAAUACGGAGAGAAACGAAACCGGGAAAUCCAAGAUGCUAGGUGUCCUGAAGAUAAUUAAUAUAUCAAGAA